AAAAAGAUAUGCUACGUCGUGGUGAGUAAAAAUUAUACCUCAUAACAUCGGUGAAGUGAAGUUAGUAUCGCACGAGAUUCCUAUAAAAUUUUCUACCAUAUACACGAUUGAAAAAUGGCAUUGCGUUUGAUUAAUAUGGCUCUUCGCCGCCAGUUGGCACAACAGUUGCCCCGCAACGCCACACAAGUCGGCAGUGUAGCGUCUGUGCACACACUAGAGAAAAUCGGCAAACGCGAAAUUGUUGGUUUCGGCUGGAACGGUGAUCCAGUCUAUUACGAUCGUGUAGACUAUCCCAUGCCAGCAGUUCGCUUCCGUGAGCCAAACAAUGAAAUUAAUGCCCUGCGCCAGAAAGAGAAGUUGGACUGGAAAAAAUUGAGCAUGCAGGAGAAGAAAGCACUUUAUAGAGCCAGCUUCUGUCAAACUUUCGCUGAAGUAAAAGCACCAACUGGUGAGUGGAAGAUGCAUAUUGGUAUGAUGUUGCUCUUUGGAUCUGCAGCUAUUUGGGUUUGUAUGCUGAUGAACAUUUUCGUUUACGACCCAUUACCAGUAACAUUCGAUGAGCCUCACCAAAAGGCCCAAUUGGAACGCAUGUUAGAUUUGGAAGUUAACCCAGUAACUGGUCUAUCAUCACAAUGGGACUACGAAAACAAGAAGUGGAAGUAAAUAAUUUAAAUGAAUUACCCAAACGUGCGUUAAGCUUUCGUAUAUUUUGUAAGCCGGAACAAGUUCGCCAUUGUGUUUUAUUUUCUAUCAUUACUUUUGUUUAAAACAUUAAUUUUGAAGCUGUAUUUAUGGUAAUCCUUAUUUUUAAUUCUGUAAUAUUAAUACACUGAGUAAAAAACAAACUGUUUGUGCAUUAGUAAUGUUCGAAAUUUUAA